GAGCUAACUCCAGAACAAAAGAAUGGACCGUGAGAGGGAGGGCAGAAGAGAACCAGAUGUCUCUGCAAGGGGCCCAGUCCUUUCUGGAAGCCAUUUAGAGACAGGUUUUAACUUGCCUACAGCCAGGGGAUAGGAGUGAACACUAUCAUUAGAACUGCUGAAGGUCCCCGAGGUUUCUGAAUCUCACUGUGUGCCCCCAGAGCUGAUGCUGUUGUAAGAAGGGUGCUCUGGAUAUGUGUGUCUGAUGAGAAGAGACAAAAGUAGAGUUGAUGGGGUUGCGGGCUGAGGAGAGUUAUGAGUAUGAGUGAGGCUGAUGGAUCAGUGAGAUCCCAUGUCCCUGUCCAGUGAUGCAGUGGCCCCACAGAGUAGCAUUUUUGGAAUGGCCCCUAGUCCAGUAUCUUAGAACCAGUGCUUGGAGAUGGUGAAGAGGGGAGAUGUAGGAGCCAGAACUUGUUCUUUGGAGGAAGAAGCAAAGCGGGCUCUGUGCAGGACUUUGUCCAGUCAUGAGGAGAAGGAGGAGCCAGCACACUCAGGCAGUUGCUAGGUGACCGAGGAGCAGUGGCUCCACCCACAAAGAGCAAAGGAGGGUGGGUGCAUGACGUCAGGUGGAGCUGGUGCUGCGGCCACUGAGGCUGCCAUAAGCUUAAGCUGGAGAACUGGGCCGGGUACCUCUGUGGUGCCCGCAGGAGCCUAGCUGUCCCUCUGUGCAUCUGUGGGGCUUCUGCAUCCGAGCCGCAGCCAUUUGCGGCCUGGGAAGCUGCUGGCUGGGAAGCUGAGGCUGCACUGUUGGGAUUUGAUGCACUAAUCUCCUGUCUCCGCCGCCUUUCCCUCUGUUCGGUCUCUUUCCCUCCCUCCCUCUGUCUGUCCUUCCUCUGUGUGUCCAUCCUCCUCUGUCCCUCCUAUUCCUUGUCCUGGCUUUCUUUGGUUUUCUGCAAUGAUGAGACAGGCACCGACAGCUCGAAAGACCACAACUCGGCGGCCCAAGCCCACCCGCCCAGCCAGUAGUACUGGGGUGGCCGGAGCCAGUAGCUCCUUGGGCCCCUCCGGCUCAGCGUCAGCAGGUGAGCUAAGUAGCAGUGAGCCCAGCACCCCGGCGCAGACUCCGCUGGCAGCACCCAUCAUCCCCACACCAGCCCUCACGUCUCCUGGAGCAGCUCCCCCACUUCUUUCCCCCUCCAAGGAGGAGGAGGGGCUGAGGGCCCAGGUGCGGGACCUGGAGGAGAAACUGGAGACCCUGCGGCUGAAACGGUCAGAAGACAAGGCGAAGCUGAAAGAGCUGGAGAAGCACAAGAUCCAGCUGGAGCAGGUGCAGGAAUGGAAGAGCAAAAUGCAGGAGCAGCAGGCAGACCUGCAGCGGCGCCUCAAAGAGGCGCGGAAGGAAGCCAAGGAGGCGCUGGAGGCAAAGGAACGCUACAUGGAGGAGAUGGCUGACACUGCGGACGCCAUUGAGAUGGCCACCCUGGACAAGGAGAUGGCUGAAGAGCGGGCCGAGUCCCUGCAGCAGGAGGUGGAGGCGCUAAAGGAGCGUGUGGAUGAGCUCACCACUGACUUGGAGAUUCUCAAGGCUGAGAUUGAAGAGAAGGGCUCAGAUGGGGCUGCGUCCAGUUACCAGCUCAAGCAGCUCGAGGAGCAGAAUGCCCGCCUAAAGGAUGCCCUGGUGAGGAUGCGGGAUCUUUCUUCCUCAGAGAAGCAGGAACAUGUGAAACUCCAGAAGCUCAUGGAAAAGAAGAACCAAGAGUUGGAAGUUGUGAGACAACAGCGGGAGCGUCUGCAGGAGGAGCUGAGCCAGGCAGAGAGCACCAUCGAUGAGCUCAAGGAGCAGGUGGAUGCUGCUCUGGGUGCUGAGGAGAUGGUAGAGAUGCUGACAGACCGGAACCUCAAUCUGGAAGAGAAAGUGCGGGAAUUGAGAGAGACCGUGGGGGACUUGGAAGCGAUGAAUGAGAUGAACGAUGAGCUGCAGGAGAAUGCACGCGAGACGGAACUGGAGCUGCGGGAGCAGCUGGACAUGGCGGGCGCCCGGGUGCGGGAGGCCCAGAAGCGUGUGGAGGCAGCCCAGGAGACGGUUGCAGACUACCAGCAAACCAUCAAGAAAUACCGCCAGCUGACCGCCCACCUGCAGGAUGUGAACCGGGAACUGACAAACCAGCAGGAAGCAUCUGUGGAGCGGCAGCAGCAGCCACCCCCCGAGACUUUUGACUUCAAGAUUAAGUUUGCUGAGACAAAGGCCCAUGCCAAGGCAAUUGAGAUGGAACUGCGGCAGAUGGAGGUGGCCCAGGCCAACAGGCACAUGUCCCUGCUGACAGCCUUCAUGCCCGAUAGCUUCCUUCGGCCAGGUGGGGACCAUGACUGUGUCCUGGUGCUGCUGCUUAUGCCUCGUCUCAUUUGCAAGGCAGAGCUGAUCCGGAAGCAGGCCCAGGAGAAGUUUGAACUAAGCGAGAACUGUUCGGAGCGGCCCGGGCUUCGAGGAGCUGCAGGGGAGCAGCUCAGCUUUGCCGCUGGGCUGGUGUACUCGCUCAGUCUGCUGCAGGCCACACUCCACCGCUAUGAGCAUGCCCUCUCGCAGUGCAGUGUGGAUGUGUAUAAGAAGGUGGGCAGUCUCUACCCUGAGAUGAGUGCCCAUGAGCGCUCCUUGGACUUCCUCAUUGAGCUGCUGCACAAGGACCAGCUGGAUGAGACUGUCAAUGUCGAGCCUCUCACCAAGGCCAUCAAGUACUACCAGCAUCUGUACAGCAUCCACCUUGCCGAACAGCCCGAGGACAGUACCAUGCAGCUGGCCGACCACAUCAAGUUCACCCAGAGCGCCCUGGACUGCAUGGGUGUGGAGGUAGGACGGCUGCGUGCCUUCCUGCAGGGUGGGCAGGAGGCAUCAGACAUUGCCCUCCUGCUCCGGGAUCUGGAAACAUCGUGCAGUGACAUCCGCCAGUUCUGCAAGAAGAUCCGAAGGCGAAUGCCAGGGACAGAUGCUCCUGGGAUCCCAGCUGCACUGGCCUUUGGACCACAGGUAUCCGACACACUCCUUGACUGCAGGAAACACUUGACAUGGGUGGUGGCCGUGCUGCAGGAGGUGGCAGCUGCUGCUGCCCAGCUCAUUGCCCCACUAUCGGAGAACGAGGGACUGCCUGUGGCUGCCCUGGAGGAGCUGGCUUUCAAAGCAAGCGAGCAGAUCUAUGGGAGCCCCUCCAGCAGCCCCUAUGAGUGUCUGCGCCAGUCAUGCAACAUCCUCAUCAGUACCAUGAACAAGUUGGCCACAGCCAUGCAGGAGGGAGAGUAUGAUGCAGAGCGGCCUCCCAGCAAGCCUCCCCCUGUGGAGCUGCGGGCUGCAGCCCUUCGUGCAGAGAUCACAGAUGCUGAAGGCCUGGGCUUGAAGCUUGAAGACCGAGAGACAGUUAUCAAGGAGUUGAAGAAGUCGCUCAAGAUCAAGGGGGAGGAGCUGAGUGAGGCCAACGUGCGGCUAAGCCUCCUGGAGAAGAAGCUGGACAGUGCUGCCAAGGACGCGGAUGAGCGCAUUGAGAAAGUCCAGGCUAAGCUGGAGGAGACCCAGGCGUUGCUGCGGAAGAAGGAGAAAGACUUUGAGGAGACGAUGGACACACUCCAGGCUGACAUCGACCAGCUGGAGGCAGAGAAAACAGAGCUGAAGCAGCGGCUGAACAGCCAGUCCAAGCGCACGAUCGAGGGGCUCCGGGGGCCCCUUCCUUCGGGUAUUGCUACCCUGGUCUCUGGCAUUGCUGGUGGAGGCUCCCCUGGGCAGGCGCCGGGGUCUGUGCCAGGCCCGGGGCUGGUGAAGGACUCGCCGCUGCUGCUUCAGCAGAUCUCCGCCAUGAGGCUGCACAUCUCUCAGCUGCAGCAUGAGAACAGCAUCCUCAAGGGCGCCCAGAUGAAGGCCUCCUUAGCAGCCCUGCCCCCUCUGCACGUGGCAAAGCUCUCCCUCCCAUCCCACGAGGGUUCUGGCAGUGACUUAGCCCCUGGAGCACUGUAUCGGAAGACCAGCCAGAUGCUGGAGACACUGAAUCAGCUGAGCACACACACCCACGUCGUUGACAUCACUCGCACCAACCCUGCUGCCAAGAGCCCGUCGGCCCAGCUCCUGGAGCAAGUGGCUCAGCUCAAGUCCCUCAGCGACGCCAUCGAGAAACUCAAGGAUGAAGUCCUCAAGGAGACUGUGUCGCAGCGCCCUGGGGCCACCGUCCCCACUGACUUCGCCACUUUCCCUUCCACAGCCUUCCUCAGGGCCAAGGAGGAGAAGCAGGAUGACACUGUCUACAUGGGCAAAGUGACCUUCUCGUGUGCGGCUGGCCUCGGACAGCGGCACCGGCUGGUGCUGACCCAGGAGCAGCUGCACCAGCUUCACAGCCGCCUCAUCUUCUAACGCUCCUGGCCCGCUGCUCCUUCUGCCCGCAGCCCUCCUGCAGCCGCUCCGCCCGAUGCACAGCCGCUCGGCGGCCCCGGGAGCAGCACGUGUAGAGCUGGUCUGGCCCAGUGCAGCUUCACUCCACCCAUCAACGCCCUGCCCCGUCCCUUGGCCUGGGUCCCCGUUUCCAGUCCCUGGCCUCUGCCAGGUGCUGCCUCCUUCCUGAGGGGCCUCAGGGCAUGUGGGGGAAUAAGCUGAGACCCCACCACCAAAGGUUGAGUGAGGUCCCCCUGACUGAGGACUUCACCCCUGAUUAAAGCAACUUCUGCUUCAG